CCAUCAUCUGCUAAAGAUUGCAAGACGAAAAACCCACAUAGAACGAUACAUGCCCAAGCCCAGUUGAGAUGCCGCAGCAUGGUGAAUUUCUACCGCUAUAGAGCAGCUCUAUCAGUCCGGCACCUUGAUUAGAAAGUAGAAAAGCAGGUCAGUCACUAUUCAGUUUCUCACGGUCAAAUUCAAGGUGAACUCUUGAGUUUGGCUUUAUCUCUUUGUAGUGCAUGUCUAGGCGAUAGUGCUUGUCAGUUUGAACUAUGAACUUACACUGGUCUAAUCAGUUUUGUCAAGUUCCGUGCGAGUUCCUUGUUCAAAUUGAAAAUCUUUUCCCCGUAUAGCAUGAACACAUAUAACACUGCUACUUUUUAAAUUGACCAAUCAAUCAAGUUUAAUCCAUUAACAAAGUAAAGUUAACCCAAAACAAUAAUAUCUUUGUUCUACACUUGAAUCAUAUCUAAGAUGUAGUGUCUUCCUACCUUCACUUAUAUUUAAUGUCUUCCCUCUUCAACCACCGGUUUCAAGUUACAGUAUAUAUCUAUCACUUGCUAUCAACAAAUUGUUUCUAUUUUCAAAAGGACUUAGAAUUUAACUUUUUCUGUUGAUAAUUUAUAAUAUUGUUCCAGUUGACUUCACAAAGUUACUGAUGCAGGUACAGUGAUCCAUCGAAACAGGUGGCGAAGUCUUUGACGAACAGACAGUUCGCUUUUGAAUAAUAAAAAUAUAUUAUUUUCUCUUUUUAUGUCCACAGAAGCGAAAGUAUUGUAAGGGGAGGUAGGGGGUGGUUGGAGGAGGGGAAGAUGGGGGUGUAGGUGAGAGAUCCCACUCCAUCCUCGACUAUUCAGACUUCAGUAGUUCUCAGUCGUAUCAAAAUUGAUAGAAAAGUCUUUUUAUCAAGUCUCUGACAAUAUUUCUGUAAUAGAAAUGGAAUACUGCACGUACUCCAAGACAACUUAGACAAGCGUACCUUAAACCGUCUCGGAAAUAUUUUAUGCAUUUUAAAUUGGAUAAAACUCUUUUCCAAUCCCUAGCUGUUGGUUUGGUCUUUAAUCUCGAAGAUGCAAGUUCAAACGUGUCAGCAUAAAUAUUGAUACACUUGGCAAACAUUCAACUUUAAAACAAACUAAAAGAUGGACUUUCCUACAGCCUGUGAAUUAUAUUAAAGUUAGUAAACAUAUUAUUGUACUUGUUUAUAAGGAUUUUCGUAGAUGUAUAUACAUAUUUUAAGUAAACGUAAACAUGCUGGUCGCAGCACUAACACUGUAUGUAGUGUCUAGUGACCUUGUUUGAUCUUGAUUAGGUUAAUUUUGUAUAGUGUGCGUUAAUUAAGUGUCGAGCACUCUACUUCUCAAAUAAACAUACACUGUAAAUUUCAAGUAGUUGACUCAACUCCAAGAAAGUGCGGUUAUUCUCUCACCAAAAAACGGUGACAGAAUCUGACUUUUGGAGUUGAUUGGAUAGCUCCUUGAUAUUUACAAUGUACUCACAGCAGAGUCAGAGUGAAGAAUGAUUGAGUUUUAGUAGUACAUAUAUGUGACAAAUGACAAUCAAUAACGUACGUAGUUAUGACGAACACAUGCACCCAGGGGAGUGUUUGCGCAUUUCCUAAUUUAAAUAAUUAGCGCAAACAACGCACGCUACGCACAAUAAUGAGGUGGUGAAAUGUGAUGAAAUGUUUAAUCCUUAAACUAACAUAUCAGCAGUACAUGUAUAUACACGUAUCGUGAUUCUCAUGCCAGCAAGCUAGUCUGAAGCAUCUUUCAAGAACGAGCAUUUUGGCUUUGGCAUUGCGCAGUGAUGUUUUCCCUUGAAUUUUUCCUCGUACUUUGUGUGUUUGGCGCACAUAGCGCGGUGGUAAAGAAUGCAAAAGGUGGCUGCAGUGAACUGUACUAUCUCUAUGACAUGUCAGACAACUUUAACGAAACCAUUGCUCAUACUAUCCACUCGAUGACCGUCCAAGGACUACGAAUGUUCAAUCCUCGUGCGACAGAGCACAACAACGUCCCGACUGUAAAUCAUGAUAUCAGCGAUGAGGUAUUUAAGGUUUCAUUGUCAAUGAAUUGUUGUCCUUUUAUAUUAUAUGCUUAGCUCAAAAAUCAAUACUGUGCCAUCCAGUCACGAUCCAGUGAUAGGAAUGAUCCAUUGUCACUUCAUUGAUUUAAAAAUCCCAGUGUUAAUUCCAUGCCGUCCAGUCACUGGUUUUGAUGUAUUGCGCCGGAUUUCGACUUAUUCUGCAAUGUCUUCCUAUUAAUUUAUAGUGACAUCCGAGCAGUCGAGUUGAACAAGCGAAUUCUUAUAAAAUAAUAAGCAAAUUCUUCUUGUGGGAAUAAAAUAAAAAUCACUCUUAGUAGUGGCUAUUAAUAUAUGAUUAAAAAGGAGUUGUACGUUUGGGCCGCCCGUGACAGCAGUAAACAUGGUACCUACAUUAUUCAUAGUAUUAUAUCAGUAGUAUUUCAGGAUUUACUAGUAUUUCGUUCACCAGUCACAUGCAAUAUAUUAUAGAGUUUAAGAAAAGCUUAAGACAAGUUCAAACGUCGAACUUUUCAUGAACCGCACCAAAUUCAACUGAAUUUACUCAAAGAGUUUAGAGGAGGACCAUUGGAAAAAUGGUGACUGGGGAGGACGAAAAAAUUCGCGCAAAGAAAAACAAAAGAAAAAAAUUCGAGUAAAACGAAAAGCAAAGAAAAAUAUCUUGAAAAUUCCGAAAAAAAAAAUCCGGCACAAGUAGACGGCCGAAAAAAAUUCGUGCAAGCUGAAGUGAAUCACUUUUCUAAUGGUCGGCCCUAAGGGUCAUAAACACGGCCUAAAUUUCAUUCCUAGAGUCACUUGGUUCUUCCUUACGCCCCAGAAGAUCACAUGACUGAGCAGUUUACCACGAAUACAAUGAACAUUAUUGACGCCAUUUUGUCGCGCAUUGGUGAAGACGAUGAUGGACUCGGACCGAACUGGUCAUCGACCGAACGCAUUGUGCACAAGUUUCACAUGCAUGACGUGUGGUCACGUGUGCUGAUGACGUAUAAAGAAACCGUUGAGAAGAAUCCCCCUCAGGUAAGUUUUGUUAUUACUUCAUGUAACUUACAUGUAAAACGCAGCAAACUUCAAAGCGUUUUUUCAAGACGUCUUUUUCAAGACGUCUUUUUCAAGACGUCAACUUCAAGACGUCUUCAAAGCGUUAAAAAAUUUGUUCAUUAUUAAUAGUACGGUUGAUUUGACAGACGAUACCAUGGGUUUAUUGCUUGUCAAUAUGCCGAAAAUUCCUUGUCUGUGCCAAAAGUUUUGGCCUAGUCAGUUCCAGAUAAUGCCAUUGUUGGAAGCGAAAUAGUCUCCCAACUAAUUACCAAAGUUUUCACUGUUUUCCAAGUGUAAUAUUUAAUGGAGGAAUCCAGUGGGGAGACCACAAUGUUUCCUAAUUGUUGGCUAACCUUCGAAAACGUUGGCUAGGAGACAAUGUUCCUUGGUAAACAUGAAACCCAACGCCGACUAAGCGCUGAAUGUUUUUCCGUUUAGGACGAGCUUUGCGAAUGUCUUUUGAAUUCCAGCGAGAACGGUAUCUAUGACGCCGUGUACUGGGUUGCUCAACACUACAAGACUGGCACACCCAUUACAUUGCUGAACCGACCAAUCCCGAAAUUGAAAGACGCAAAGUCGUGGGGAGUCUGGAAAAAGCGACUCUUGCAUUACUACACACGUCCGGCAUUGUAUGACGCUAGUUUGUACCUGUACUGCGCCACCAAGCAUUUCUGAGACUUUUGGAUUUAUCGUCGACAGAUCGACAUUUCUCUUUAAAUAGUGGAUACUGAUCUAUAAUCGAUGUUUUUCUGUAAAAGCAAUGAAACUAUAGAAAAAAAAAUAUAUUAGAUUUACUGGUUAUAAUAAAGGGGGUGAAAUAAGUUUAAUAAUUAUUAUUGAAUGUAAUGAUGAUGAUUAUUGCUGAAAUCUAGA